AGAGUUUAGCGAUAUUCUAUCCGAGGAAGCGGAGCUCGUCGAUCGUCCUGACCAGCAGCAGCCUGCAUCGCCGGAUAACCUCCGCAGCGUCUUAGACGAAAAUCGGGGCCUUCGAGGGUCGUCAACGACGGAACUGUCGACGCACCUCCGCCAAUUAGCGAGCCUCGAUAAGCCUGCAACAGUAACUCGUUUAUGUGUUUGCCACUUCCCACUUCCUUGCAGAUAGUACAACGUUAUGUCAGUUUAUCGCCUCCUGACAGCUGAGCUAAUUCGGAUUCGUUUCUUAUAGCUGAGAGCCGAAUGCUCGAACGUAACUCGUUUCGACGUUAUUCGUUCGUGUUCGAAACAAGCGAACGGAGGCCGAGGAAAACAUGGCUGAUUGUGGGAAAAGUCGAAUGGCGGGCCAAGACCCUAAGUGGCAGAAGGAUGCGGCGGAUCAAAAUUUCGACUACAUGUUCAAGCUGUUAAUAAUCGGCAACUCAUCCGUCGGUAAAACAUCGUUCCUCUUCCGAUACGCCGACGACUCGUUCACCUCGGCCUUCGUAUCGACGGUGGGGAUCGAUUUCAAAGUGAAAACCGUCUUCAGGCACGACAAGCGGGUCAAGCUGCAGAUAUGGGACACGGCGGGUCAGGAAAGAUACAGAACGAUCACGACGGCCUACUACAGAGGUGCGAUGGGUUUCAUACUGAUGUACGACAUAACAAAUGCGGAGUCAUUCAAUUCCGUCCAAGACUGGGUUACGCAAAUAAAGACAUACUCGUGGGACAAUGCCCAGGUUAUUUUGGUCGGCAACAAGUGCGACAUGGAAGACGAGAGAGUCAUCAGUUUCGAAAGGGGUAAACAAUUGGCCGACCAAUUAGGCGUACAAUUUUUCGAAACAUCGGCCAAGGAAAAUGUCAACGUCAAGGCUGUAUUCGAGCGGCUGGUGGACAUAAUUUGCGACAAGAUGAGCGAAUCGCUUGACAGUGAUCCAACCCUGAUGGGAAGUGGAGGUGCAGGAACCGGGGCGAAGGGCCAGCGACUUACGGAUCAGCCUAGCAAUCCUGCAACCGCAAACUGCAACUGCUAAGCCGGCAUAAUUGAUCCUCAUGGAAAAUCCCUUUGAGUGCCGACGAUGGUCGGCUAGUCCAUAAUUUCGUCGUUCCUUGUUUGUCUCUUCCUCCUCUACCUCUUAAUUUCACCUUCUCUCCCUUUUUCCGUCUCUGUACUUCACUUUCCAUUCACUCCAAACGUUUUUUUUUUCCUUUCUAAUUUUUUUCUUUUUCUCGUCAGUCAGACAAUCCUCUCUCUCAACAUUCUGACCGUUCAUAUUCUGGUGUUCAAAUUUCCCGCCAACUUGAUUCACUCGAUCAGAAUUCGCAGAAAUAUUAUACAAUUUGAAAAUUUCAUACAACAGAUUCGAGUCGAUAAAUUUUUCGCCAAAUUUUUGUCAGUUUCUGAGUAUGAAUUGGAUGGUUAAAAAAUAAUAAUAAUAAUAAUGAUAAUAAUAAUAAACAUUGAUUGUAAGUAAAUAGUAAUCUUACAUUUAAGUUGACUUUUUGAUCGAACUUAAAUGUUAAUUUUAGCCCUAUGAAACCUGAGUGUUUUUCAUUUCACGUAAUAUAAGAGUUAAUCCACUGAUUCUAGGAUGAAAUUUUUCAGGAAUAGAUGGGCAAUUAAUUGGAGACUAGUUUAAAAAGAUUUUGAAAAUUUGAACACCAUUUUACGAAAACCAGUCACGAUCUCUUGCUUCAUUCAAUAUGAGUAUUAUUAACAACUGGAAUAGCAGUACGGUGGCUUACAUAGAUAACAGUUAUGUGACAAAAAAUAACACGAACCGAAGAAACCAGAGUAUAAAAGAAAUCCUGUCGUACCAGCAUCCUAUAAUAUACGAUAUAUAUAUAUAUAUAUCACUAAUGUAAUGUAAUAUUGCGCGAUGUACAGCUGCAAUCAGUAAAUUGUGAAUUUAUCAAUUAGAAUUUCAAUUAUUAGACAAAUUUUUGUAUAUACAUAUACAUUUACACAUUACGACAGAUUGCAAACUAGUGUGUUAUGUAUAUUUAGAUACAUCAGCUAUAUAUUGUAUUAUCUAUAUUAUUAACUUAUUCUAUAACGUGUCAAUUAAAGUGAAUUUCAAUUGCCUGUUACGACGACGAUAUAAUUACGUAAUUGUGUACACGAUUUGUCAUUAUGUA